AUGUUGAUGAAUGAUAGUACCGACAUUGCAAAUGGAAAUGUUUUGGUGAAUGAAACGAUUGAAAGUGAUUUUAUGCCAGAAGAAGCACAACUUAAUGGAGAAACAUUUCAUAAUGUAUCAAAUAAACAUGUGAAUAUAUAUCUCAGCGAUGAUUAUGCUUUGAAUCGAUCAAAUAACGAGCAGAACUCAUCGGGAGAAAGUUUACACGAGGAAUUAAGAAAAAUACACGAUGUAGAUUUUGAGAAUGAGAGUUUGAAAAAUCAUCUCAUGGAUUCUCUUCUCGAAGUAAGUUUGCUGAAGGAACGUCUUAAAGAACAAGAGGGUGUUGCGAAUGAAACAAACACAAAACACGAGAAUAAGAUGGGGGAUUUGCUUGAAGACUUUAGUAGCGUUGGAGAUGAAUUAGAAACGAGAAAGAAAAAUAAGGAAGAUGUUGACGAACUUAGGAAAGAAAUUUCCAAACUUCGACAAAACAUUUCUUUAUUGAAUUCGGAAAUUGAACAACAUAAAUUGGCCAUAUCAACAUUGAAAGAUACCUGUCGAACGAGAGAACUCGAAAAUGGCAGUUUUGAGUUGAACGCAACUUUCCGUGAUGGCAAAGACGACCUGUUGAUGUACGAUAGUCACGGAUAUUCUUCAGAUCCUAUCACAGCGCUUAAAAUUGAACUUCAAGCGUAUAAACAAAAACUUAAAGAAUUAGAAGAAGAAGCGGAAGAUACCUUUGAGAAAACAUCUUGUCAAAACUGUGUUAGCAGUGAUUUUGCCUUACGUGAAACCAAAACUUUCGUUACUAUGAUGCAACAAGACUACAACAUUGAAAUUCAACGUUUAUCACGUGAUCUUGAGAUCAUUGAGAAUGCGUACUGGGAACAAGUCAACGCGUCUAGAGAACUGGAAACUAAGUUGAUGAAGAACGAACAGAAUUUAUUGAACGUCUCGAGACGAGACAUCAACGAAAACGUUGAUGAUAUUGGGAACAUAUUAGGUGAAAAAGGGACAUCAGUGGAUAUGGAUGGUAAAUCACAAUACGAAAUGAUUCGAAUAUCUUUGAAAGAAAAACAACAGUAUGAGAAGAAUGCUAGAUUCAUGCAAGACGAAAUAAAUACUUUAAAUGUACAAAACAAUGAAAUUCAAAGCAAGUUGGAUGAGCUGGAAAAUGUCGCGAAAGAAAAUGAAAGUUUGAGAGAAAAAUUGGGAGAGUACGAAAGGGAUUUGAAUGCGAAAAGUGAAACGAUCGGAAGUCUCGAAAAAAGUUUACUUAAAAAUCAAGUUGAACUUCAAGAAAAUUCGCUCAAAUUUCAGCAAGAAAUUUCAUCAUUCACCAAAGCAUUAGAUGUCAAAGAAAAUACAAUAACUGAACUGAACAGAACUCUGACAACGUUGAAAAAGAAUUUUGACAGUAGCGAAAUGAAACAGAGUUUGAAGAUAGCCGAAAUCGAGGAAAAAUAUUGCGAUGAAAUGAAAGAAAUGGAGUUGGUUUUUCAUAAAGAAAAAGUGAAUUUACAUCGAGAAAAUUGUCUAGAUAAACAAAUUAUGUUGCAAAAGCUUGAAAGUUUGGAGAUAGUAUUGAGAAAUUUUAAUGAGAAACAGGAACAUAUUGGAAUGUCAGAGGAUUCGAGUCGACAUAAGAAAUAUCCUUUGGAUGUGGAGGGAUCUUGCGAAGUGAUGGAUGUGGGUUAUUGGAUUGAUCACUCUUGUUUGAAUGGAGUAUCCGAGGAUAACGAGCUUAGUGUCUUUGGGGAUAAUAAAGGAUAUGAUGGACGUGUGGGUGAUGUUGCAGGAUAUAAAGGUGCAAAUAAAGAAAGUGAUUUAAAAAAGUUGGUUGAUGUUGACAAUAUGCUGACUGUUGAUAAGGGCGAUAGUGGGAUCAUCUUGGAUAAUGAACCCGAGAAGGUGUUGGAUAAUAGUGGAUAUAAUUGCUUAAGGAAUUGUUCGCGCUCUGAUAAAUCUGAGAAUGUCUUCAAUCACAAUGAAGGCACAAUUGAAUUUUACAAUAAAGCAGAUGGUGGAACAAAUAGUAGAGAAAGUGUUUUGAAUCCACUUCGAAAUCAGGAGGAUUUUAAUACAUUCGAAAAACUGAAGUGUGAAUCGACUCAAAACAGGAAAUAUGCAAACGCCAUACUUGGAAAACAUCUUUUGAAACGCCAUUCGAAGUCUUCUUUAUUUUCCGAAGAGAUGAUAAGCGUAGAAGAUUUGGAAUUGUUUAAAUACGAACAUGGUGCGCAUUUGACGCUUGAACGUGUAGAAUUUGAACGAUUAAAGACGAACAUUGAUGUUAUAAACAAUUAUUUUGACCUGGUUCUUAGCGAGUGCCAUUUAUUGAGAAAUAAUUUGGAUAAAACCAGAGAUUUGAUCAACUUUCUACGUCAUAAACAAGACUGCUCAUCCAGAAACUGCGAUAAAAAUGAUUAUGAGAAAAUAGAAAGGACAAAAAUUCUUCAACAAGAACAAGAAAAUUUCGACUUGCGUCGUCGCGAAGAAAAAUUUCCAGACAAAAGCGCAACGAGCUACUUCGAAAAACCGUCGACUUACAACAAAAAGAAACAGACAUCUCACAGGACGAAAGCAACUCCUCUCUCUGAAAGAAAAGAUCCUCAUCAUUUUUCUACAUCUCAAUUCACAAAUUCAAAUUUUCCCAAUAUUUUAAACGAUAGCAUUCUUACGAGCACGAAAGCUCACCCGACCGCUGUCGACCGGAUUAUGCCGAAUCUUUCCGGACUUUCACCGAUUGUUUCUCCGCUGGAUCAUCGUAACGAGGCCCUAAAACAAAAGUGGUCAGUAACUAUGAAAGAUCUUAAAGCGACUGACCAAAAUAAAACAACAUAUUUAAUGAAUGCAAACCCUCGUACCGUUCAAACAUCUCCUAAAACAUCAAGACGAAGAAAGACUCGUACCAGGUCGUACUCGGCUGAAGAUAACGCAAUGACUUCUUCAAGGGAAACGUCAACGUCGCACCGUCUUCAUUCUGAAAAACCGCUGAUCAUAAAUUUUGAGGACUAUAUUUUUAGACAUCGGGUUCGAUCCUCGGAGAAUGUCGCCAGAAUACGAGACCCUUCCCCGGCAGAACUUUGGUUUUCGUAA